AUGAACAAAUUUUUAGACAACCAAAUUGGACUUAUUGACAGAAAAUUCAUCAUCAAUAUCAAGAAUGAAGGUAGCUUUGCCUCCUAUUCUAAAGUAGCUCACAGACUGCUAACAGAGGAAAGGGCUCCAUAAAUCUAGUUAUCUGCUUGCGGAGCUGCUACCUUGUAUCUUUUUAAAGUCUCAUCAAUUCUCACUGAAUUUUUUCCUAACUUGCACAGACUGACAUAUUUCAAUUUUUCAAUUUGCCAUACUUGCAAAUAAAGAGAGCUGAAAAUUGCUGCCAGAAAUUUAAAGAAUUAAGGAGAAGAUCAGACUCAAGAUAAUAAUCUUCUCUAAAAUGAAUAUAGAUUAGAAGCUCUAGACCUAAAAGCUAAAGAUUAGGCUAACUAAGAGAAAAUCAAAAUGAUUGUAGAAUUUGCAGAUAAAAUUAAUGUAAACAAUUUGAAUUUCGCAGAAAUAAGAGACUCUGAUUAAAACACCAAGCAAAGUCCUACUUCUCUACAGCACUAAUGCAAUGAUCCAAACUCUUUUUCAUUGCUCAUCACUAUGAAUCAAAGAUUGACAUUUCAUGAUGGAAUACUAGACAAGUAGCACCCUGGCUAUUAAAAGCCAAAUAUUCCUCUCAAAAGUAAAAAAUCUCUAAUUGAUCUCAUAAAUGAAUUCAAUCCAAAUGAGACAUUAGAUAAAGUUGACUAUGAUUAUUCAGAUCGAAGCAACCACUCAUCAUCCUACAAAUCACCUUAAAAUUUUGAAAAGUUCUAAUCCUCACCAAGCCAAAAUUACUAAAGACCUAAAGAAAACUCUCCAAUUUAAUACUAUCAGCAGUUCUAUCCUCAGAAUCAGAUUAACUCAAUCAAAUCUAAAACAGAUCAGAAUUAAGAUUGUAGAAUUUGUUGCUAGACUCCUCCUGUACCCUAAAUUCAAAAUUGCUGUUCAAACUAUACUUCUUGCUAGAUUUAUGAUGAAUAGAGAUACUCUCAAUACCAUUAUUCUCCCAAUGCUGCACCUCAGCAAAGAUUCCCUUGCAAUGAAGGGUCUCAUAACUUCUAAAAUUCUGGAUUUCAAGAGUAAGAGUACAAAUCAUCAAAAACUUAUUAAUAAACUCCCUCAUUCUGCUCAUAAGGUUAUUUGAACUAGGGUUAUCAACAAAAGCCAUAAUUCAAAUAAUCUAGAUUUGAUUAAAAGAACUCACUUUAGUUAAAACCUUCUUUUACAAAGAAGUUUGUAGAUUAUAGCUCCUAAUACUAAUUAUUCCCAAUGAAAUCUGUUGACAGUCAGAAGUCAAACAUUUAUUCAACUCCUGAACACUAAAGAUUCUACAAUAGUUCUCAAAAUCAUCAAAUUGACUUUCAUCCUUACUCAAGAAAUAUAAAUUUUAAAUACUAAGGUCAGAACAAAUCAGAUGAAUUCAAAGCACAGGCAGAAGGAUACAGAAGUACAAGGGAUUGGUAACCAAGAAGCUACAUUUGA